UCAGUCGGCGCCGCCAUGUUGGGGCUUGCGGGUCGCUGCUCGGCCGCUGCCGCCGCCGCCGCCCGGCCGCUGCUGCACCGCGGGGCCGGGCAGGCUGCUGACUUCCUGCCUCUGCUCCUCAGCCGCGGGGCCGGCCCAGCCGCCGCCGUCGGGGCGCGACGGGACUAUGCAGCCCAGGCGGCCCCCGCCGCCAAGGCCGGCUCGACCACCGGGCGCAUCGUGGCCGUCAUCGGUGCGGUCGUGGACGUGCAGUUCGACGAGGGCCUGCCCCCGAUCCUCAACGCCCUUGAGGUGCAGGGCAGGGAGACCAGGCUGGUGCUGGAGGUAGCUCAGCACCUGGGGGAGAACACUGUGCGCACCAUCGCCAUGGACGGCACCGAGGGGCUGGUGCGGGGGCAGAAGGUGCUGGACUCGGGCGCCCCCAUCCGCAUCCCCGUGGGCCCCGAGACCCUCGGCAGGAUCAUGAACGUCAUCGGGGAGCCCAUCGACGAGAGGGGCCCCAUCACCACGAAGCAGUUCGCUGCCAUCCACGCCGAGGCCCCCGAGUUCGUGGAGAUGAGCGUGGAGCAGGAGAUCCUGGUGACUGGCAUCAAGGUGGUGGAUCUGCUGGCUCCCUAUGCCAAGGGUGGCAAGAUCGGUCUGUUUGGAGGUGCUGGCGUUGGCAAGACUGUGCUGAUCAUGGAGCUGAUCAACAACGUGGCCAAAGCCCACGGUGGCUACUCCGUGUUCGCCGGCGUCGGGGAGCGCACGCGUGAGGGCAACGACCUCUACCACGAGAUGAUCGAGUCUGGCGUCAUCAACCUGAAGGAUGCCACCUCCAAGGUCGCCCUGGUCUACGGGCAGAUGAAUGAGCCCCCAGGCGCCCGUGCCAGGGUGGCCCUGACUGGGCUGACGGUGGCAGAGUACUUCAGGGACCAGGAGGGUCAGGAUGUGCUGCUCUUCAUUGACAACAUCUUCCGCUUCACACAGGCUGGCUCCGAGGUGUCAGCCUUGCUGGGCAGAAUCCCCUCAGCUGUGGGCUACCAGCCCACGCUGGCCACUGACAUGGGCACCAUGCAGGAGAGGAUCACCACCACACGCAAGGGUUCCAUCACCUCGGUGCAGGCCAUCUACGUGCCAGCUGAUGACUUGACUGACCCCGCUCCUGCCACCACCUUUGCCCACUUGGAUGCCACGACUGUGUUGUCCCGUGCCAUUGCUGAGCUGGGCAUCUACCCAGCUGUGGACCCCCUGGACUCCACCUCUCGUAUCAUGGACCCCAACAUUGUGGGCCCUGAGCACUACGAUGUGGCUCGAGGUGUGCAGAAGAUCUUGCAGGACUACAAGUCCCUGCAGGACAUCAUUGCCAUCCUGGGCAUGGAUGAGCUGUCAGAGGAGGACAAGCUGACCGUGGCACGGGCACGCAAGAUCCAGCGCUUCCUGUCGCAGCCCUUCCAGGUGGCAGAGGUCUUCACUGGCCACAUGGGCAAGCUGGUACCCCUCAAGGAGACCAUUAAGGGCUUCAAGCAGAUCCUGGCAGGUGAAUACGACCACCUCCCGGAGCAGGCCUUCUACAUGGUGGGGCCCAUCGAGGAGGCUGUGGCCAAGGCUGAGAAGCUGGCAGAGGAGCACGCCUGAGGCGAGGGCACUGCCACCUGUCCCCUGCCUGGGCCUCGCUGCUGUCCCCCCCCCAGAUAUUUAACAUUUCCAAUAAAACCGUCGGUGAAA